AGAGUUCUCCUGGUGGUUGGAAUAGAUCUUAUUUUGAGUUGAAUAAAAGGUUUUUUAUGUGGAAUUAAUUGAAUGAAGGGUUUCUCAUGUGGUUAUUUGCAACGUAUUUUUUUGAAAAUAAUCAAUAUUUUUCAUUUCCGUGACCUUUUCCAAAAUUAUUCCGGCUGUUCGUUUUUCCUCUCCUUUUCAAUUUUAUCGCGUUACGAUGGAUUUCAAAUCGAUAUAUUUGUUAACAAUUUUUGUUGUAAAAGCUAUAAGCGCCACAAGGAAUAUUUCGAUUUUCGAAGCAUACCCUUUCAUAGCAUAUUUCAAUGCGAUUCAAUGCUCCCUAUUCCUAUUUUUCACCGUCAUCGUGCUCAUCACAACUGCCAUCAAUUUCUAUCAGACAACUCCGCCAAAGUUGAUUUUGAGCAGACCAAGUUUAUUCGAGUAUUAUAUUGUUGUUGGCGAAGAAGGCUCCUCGCAUACAAGAAGCGUCUACACGAAUCCUGAAACUGGAGCCAGAACCGAGACGACUGGUGCAAUGGAGAGCACUGCUUGUACUGGAACAGAAUCUGGAACUGCAACCGGAACAGGAACAGAAACAUUCAGUUAUUACAAUUCUUGAAUAAAAUUUUUGACUUUUUAAAAAAUU